AUGAAAAUCAUCCAAAUAAACCUCAACCACUGUGAGGUGACCCAGCAGCUACUGGAGCAAACCGUCAGAGAACACCGCAUUGAUGUAGCAGUCAUAAGCGAGCAAUACCGCAAUCGCAAUUCCGAGGAGUGGAUUGCUGAUUGUAGGAAAAAAGCAGCGAUAUGGAGCUGUGGCAGCCCAACGCAGCAACUACGGCACACAUGUGUCGGAGACGGUUUCGCCAGAGCACGGCUGAAUGAUGUUUACAUCUACAGCUGCUAUCUGCCACCGAGCCUCACGUUGCAGCAAGCGACGGCGGUGCUGGAAGGCAUUGCGGAUGACGCCCGGGAGAAACACCCUACCAUCAUUGCCGGCGACUUUAACGCAUGGGCGACGGAGUGGGGGUGCCCGAGAACCAACCCAAGGGGACAGGUACUCUUAGAAAGCUUCGCGACGCUCGAUGCCGUGCUGCUAAACACAGGCAGCCAGCAGACAUUCGGCAGAGCAGGAACGGGGUCCAUAAUAGACCUAACGUUCGCGAGCAGUAGCCUUAGCCCGAGGACAACUUGGAAGGUUAGCGACAUCUAUACUGGGAGUGACCAUUCGGCCCUGAUCUAUGAAGUCAAGGACGUUGCAGCACGCAACUCUGUCCUGGGCAAGCAGAUCAGGUACAAAGUCGAAACGCUGGAGCCGGACAUGGUACGAGCCAUGUUCGAGCAUUACGAGACCAGCGGGACAGCCUCAGAAAGAGCAAGCCAACUGGCUAUGCAAACGUUGGCAGCAUGCGACGCCUCCAUGCUAAGGAAAAGGCCGAGCCCUGGCAAUCGUAGCCCAACAUACUGGUGGACUGCAGAUAUAGCUAGUGCCAGGCGGGAGUGCCACCACAAAAGGCGGCUAUAUCAACGCUCGAGAGGAUCCCCGGAAUUCGAGAGGCUCCAAGGGGAAUAUAAAGAAUGCAGACGCCUCCUGAAGAGGCAGAUCAAAGAAAGCAAGCGAAAAUGCUUUGAAAAGCUCUGCGAAGACGCAGAUGCGAACCCUUGGGGCUACGCAUACAGGCUGGUGAUGAAGAAACUGCGAGUGUUCAGUUCCCCGCCACCAAUGUGUGCAGAUCUGCUGGCAAACAUAGUGGGAACUCUAUUUCCAGAGUAA